UAUGUGAGAGAUUCCAUUCAAGAUCAUCAUCAUCAUCCUCUCUCUCUUUACGGAAAAUCAAACAACCGGAGAGGGAGAGAGAGAGAGAGAGUGGAAUCUGUAAUGGAGUUUCCCUUGGCCUCCGAAGAUUAUUCAUGAAAACACGAUUUCGCCAGGUUUAUCGUCAUUUGUUCGCUGUUAAUCAAUAAAACCGAAUUUCAGAUUCGCGAUGGAAGGAGCAGCCGAUUCUUCUCCAGCCAAGAAGCUUUCAAAGAAACCUAAAUAUUCAAGGUUUACACAACAAGAACUUCCCGCUUGCAAACCGAUAUUAACUCCUCAAUGGGUUAUUGUGAUCUUCAUCUCAGUAGGCAUUAUCUUCAUUCCCAUUGGGGUUGCAUCUUUAUUUGCAUCAGAGCGUGUUGUGGAGAUUGUGGAUCGUUACGAUGACAAUUGUGUUCCUCCUCCUCAUAACAAAGACAUGGUUUCGUUUAUUAAAAGCGGAGUAACUAACAAGACUUGCACUAAGACUCUAACAGUUCUCAAGAAUAUGAAAGGCCCAGUCUACAUAUACUAUCAGCUCGACAACUUCUACCAAAACCAUCGUCGAUACGUAAAGAGUAGGAGCGACAAGCAGUUGAGAAGCAAGAAAGAAGAGCACGAUAUAUCAAAUUGUUCGCCCGAAGGAAAAGUCAUCAUCAAUGGAAAGGAACAAGUAAUAGUCCCAUGUGGACUAGUCGCUUGGAGCUUGUUCAAUGACACAUACGGGUUCUCAUUGAACAAUAAAGCUUUGGAUGUAAGCAAACAGGGAAUAGCAUGGGAUAGUGAUCGAAAUGGUAAAUUCGGAAAAGACGUGUACCCAAAGAAUUUUCAGGUUGGCAGUCUCAUCGGAGGUGCUAAGCUAAACGAAACCGUACCACUGAGCAACCAAUUGGAUCUCAUAGUUUGGAUGAGAUCAGCAGCACUGCCGACGUUUAGAAAACUGUAUGGGAAAAUACAAGUGGAUUUGCAUGCAAAUGACGUUAUAAGAGUUGUGAUUCAAAACAACUAUAAUACAUAUAGCUUUGACGGGAAGAAGAGGCUGAUUCUUUCGACAACAAGUUGGAUCGGCGGGAAGAACGAUUUUCUAGGGAUUGCUUAUAUUGUGGUUGGCGGGUUGUCUUUGUUCUUGGCAUUGGUCUUCCUACUACUAUACAUCUUCAAUCCAAGGCCUCUAGGAGAUCCUGCUUACUUAUCUUGGAAUAAAAAUACUGCAAAUGCUUCAUCUUCUAGUUCUGCUGCUAUUAGUCGUACAAACUAGGUCAAAUGUAGUGAAUUUUUUAAGUCAUUAGAACAGGAUUCUUAUUGUUUAAAUAUAUAGUGAACUCUAUUAUAUA